GCAACCAAGUCAACGAGGGAGGGGUAGGAGAGCAAGACAGUAAGCACAGGGUAAAGAGGGAAAAGAGGAUAGCUGUGGAGGAGAAGAGAACUUUUUGUUUUCAGUCCGGUUCUGAAUUGGAGGAGAUUUUGGGGCUGUUUGUGUCUUUUCUUCCACAACACUCUUCACACUUCGUCACCAGCUGCGAGCCAGGUUUCACCAUGACCUGCCCCUCUACCUCCUCAGUUGGACUCAUCUUCCUUCUGAUUGGCUACGUUGCUGCAGGACCUGAGCCUGACGUGCGGCCUCGAGCGGUGCGUUCAAGUGCCUGUCAAGAGCACAUGAGCCUUCACAACCGCCUGGAUGUGGUGGAGAAGAAAGUGGAGGACACAGUUGACAAGUUGGAGGUUGAACUGGCUGCUCUUCUGGAUGCUAUUGAAGCCCCAGAGUGGCGCCCCCUGUUGGACAAUGAAGGAAAGACGACAGUGGAUAUCCUGGAAGAUCCAGGGCAGAGGUCUUAAACUAAGGGCAUCGAUGGAAGAGGGACUCAAGGCGCCUUUCAAACUUGGACUUUGAAUAAUUCAGUCUGUUUCCAUGACUUUUAUGCAAACUUUUUUUAAAAACUGUGUGUAUGCAUAUGCUGUAUCUGUAUAUCAAAAUGAAGUUGUUUUCUUAAAAGAGGCA